AAGACCAGCUAAGGGCUUCCGGGCUGCGAGGUUGGGGGUGGGCAAGAUGGCGGCGGACACCGGGAGCUGGCGGCUGUACGCGCUGCUGAGAUUUUUUUAUUCACUAUUCUUUCCUGGAUUGAUUAUAUGUGGAGUUCUGUGUGUAUGUUUGGUCAUUGUCCUUUGGAUAAUCAGGACACAUCUACAGAGAAAGAAAAAGUCAGUCUCAACCAGCAAAAAUGGAAAAGAGCAAACGGUGAUUGCAUUUUUCCAUCCUUACUGCAAUGCGGGCGGCGGAGGAGAAAGAGUUCUCUGGUGUGCUUUGAAAGCCCUGCAGAAAAAGUAUCCUGAAGCUGUUUAUGUUAUAUAUACUGGUGACGUUAAUGUCAGUGGUCAACAGAUACUGGAAGGUGCUGUCAGAAGAUUUAACAUCAAGUUAGCUCACCCAGUAGAGUUUGUUUUCUUACGGAAACGCUACCUUGUGGAGGAUUCUCGGUAUCCCCACUUCACAUUGCUAGGCCAAAGCCUUGGAUCCGUUCUUCUUGGCUGGGAAGCUCUGAUGCAGCGUGUUCCCGAUGUUUACAUCGAUUCAAUGGGAUAUGCGUUCACACUGCCUCUGUUUAAAUAUGUAGGGGGCUGCCGAGUUGGGAGUUAUGUCCACUACCCCACGAUCAGCACUGACAUGCUCUCUGUAGUGAAGAAUCAAAACACUGGAUUUAAUAAUGCAGCUUUCAUUAGCAGGAAUGCUCUCCUCAGCAAAGCAAAGCUCAUCUACUACUAUUUGUUUGCUUUUAUUUAUGGUCUUGUUGGUUCUUGCAGUGAUGUAGUCAUGGUGAAUUCUUCUUGGACACUAAACCAUAUUCUCUCGCUGUGGAAAGUUGACCAUUGCACUAACAUUGUUUAUCCACCUUGUGAUGUGCAGACAUUUCUGGACAUCCCCUUACAUGAGAAAAAGGUGACCUCAGGACAUUUGCUGGUUUCCAUUGGCCAGUUCAGGCCUGAAAAGAAUCACACUUUGCAGAUCAAAGCCUUUGCUAAGUUGUUAAAAGAGAAGGCAACUGAGUCACACCCUUCUCUUAAACUUGUCCUUAUUGGAGGGUGUCGAAACAAAGAUGAUGAGCUUCGAGUAUGCCAGCUGAGAAAACUAUCUGAGAAUUUGGGAGUCCAAGAAAAUGUGGAAUUUAAAAUAAACAUUUCAUUUGAUGAAUUGAAGAAUUACCUGUCUGAAGCAACAAUCGGGCUGCAUACCAUGUGGAAUGAGCAUUUUGGGAUCGGAAUUGUCGAGUGCAUGGCAGCUGGCACAAUUAUCCUUGCUCACAAUUCCGGAGGCCCAAAGCUUGACAUUGUCAUUCCUCAUGAAGGACAAAUAACUGGAUUUCUGGCUGAGAGUGAAGAAGGCUAUGCUAAAACCAUGGCUCAUAUUCUCUCUCUGUCUGCAGAAAAGAGGCUUCAAAUCAGAAGGACUGCUCGAGCAUCUGUGAGCAGGUUUUCUGACCAGGAGUUUGAAGUGUCAUUCCUGUCUUCUGUGGAGAAGUUACUCAUGUAAUGCCAAAUCUGUAACAUUCUAGAUACUUUCUACAAAGAGGAGCUGGGGAUGUGGAGCAGAGGUACAGCCUGUGCUUGUUGUGUACAAGGUCCUGUGUUUCAUCUCCAGGAUCAAAAGUAAGAGGAAAUGCUUCAUUUGGAAACACCUCCACAUGUAAAUAUUUUCUGAAUGCAUUCCCUAUUGUAAUAAAGGGAACCUGAGCAAUAUUCUCAGCAAUGUGUGUGUGUACACACACACACACAUACACACACACGUUAGUAUUUAACAAAAUGACAAAAUUAACUGUAUGGAAAAAAUAAUCUCAUGUAGCUUAAUGUGCAUUAGUAUUUUGUCUCAAAAUCUGAACAGUGUAAAUCUCAGAAAAAAUUAUCAAUCAAAUUUUUAUAUACUCAUCCUUUUUUUAAAAUCUCUUCCUUUCUGUUUUAAUCCUUGAAUGGUCCUGCCUGCACCUCCCAGAAUGUAAGAUUGUAGGAAUGCACUAACAAGUGCAGUGGAUGAUGGAACCUGGGGUGUCAUAGAGGCUAGACAAGCCCUCUACCAACUGAGUUACAUCCUAAGCCCCACAUCCCAUUUUUCAAAUCACUUUACUUUAGAAGAUAACUAGCUAGGCUUGUAUUUGUUUUAUGAUGCUGGAGAUAGAAUGUAGAGCCUCGAAGUGUGAAGCAAGAGUGGGGACAUUUGAAUUCCUAGCACUGAGCCAAUCUCAGCCAAAGACUUCCCUCCAGAGGAAAGGAAGUGCUGAGAGAAACAGAAGGUAAUCGCUGGCACUUUGAACUUUAUACUUAUAUUUUUGGAAUAAAUUCUGUUUGAGGGGUAAGCUUAGAGUGAGAGAUUAAACCUAGAGCCACGCUCAUGGCACACAAGUGUUCUAACCAGUGAGUGCUUUCCCCCAACCUGGGAGUCCUGGCAAAUAACAUGGCUAACCCUUUUAAGUGUACCUAGUAAUUUUCUUAAAGGCAAAAGCAGCUUCAAACAGGCAUCUCUAAUACUACUCCAAAGCAUCCAUCAAGAGAUGGAAUGACUGAUUUCUUCAUGGGUAUGUACAGGUAGGUUGAAGUUAAAACACAGGCAACAAUGUUUCCCAUAACUAGGUUUUGGGUUUUGUUUAGAGCUUACCACAGCUCUUUUCUACAGGUUUCUCAUCCUUAACAGCCCCACCCACUUAAAGCUAAAAGGCAGCCUCAAUUCAUUCAAAAGAAUAUCAAGCUAAGUUGCUUUUCUAAAACUGACCGAGUCCUAUCAUGUUGCCCCCACAGUGUGAAGGAUCCUGAGUUGGCAUUUUGGAAAAAGUGGCAGGUGGUAGUUAGCAUACAGGGCUGGACCUUGCCUCACCAUUUACAGAUACCUGACCUGCUAACACUAAAGCUAUGCCUUAAUUUUUUUGAUUCUUGGGUGUUUCAUCUGAAAUCAAGCUGUUAAUAACUUCAGAAUUGUGAUACAAGAUAUGAGGUGUAUGAAGCUACUCUAAAGAUUAAGCAUUGCUUUAGUAAAAGUAACAACCAAAGAUACAGUGACUUGAUUGGGGAAAUGGUGUAUGGGGUGUGUGUCGGGGUGGCUUUUAGGGAAGAAGGAAGGAGGUAAAUAAAGGAGAGAGGCUGGAAAAAUAAAAAUGUCUGAAAAAGCCACAAGGAGUCAUACUAUUAACUACUAAACAAUAACACAAAAAAACCCUGUAAUACAUGUAUGCAUGUAUUAAAUAAUUAAAUAAUUUUAAUGAAAUAAACUUUUCUCAUGUGGGCUGAUGGUACUUCCUCCAAGAGCUAAAGACCACCUAACAAAAAUCAUGGUUAUGACCUGGUGUUCUGACCCUCAGCCCACUCUGCUAUUUUAUGGUUAGUCUUUGAGAUAAGAUUUGGUUAGAGCUCACACAGCCUACCCAUCCACACAAAACAAAAUAGGACUAAAGAUUAUAGAAACUGGAAUGAAGAAAACAGGAUGUGAUGUAAGAAAGGAUUCUGUUACACUAACUUUUCAAAAUUAUUUUCUUGUAGCCAAAGCAUAAAAUACGGUUUGCAUGUAUAUUCUUUCCGUGUUCCUAACAAGGAACUGCAGAUAUUUAUUUUUUUACUAGAUUUCAGGUACUGUGUAAAAUAUCAAAGCUCAUCUUUAACUGUUUUGAGUCCACAGCAGUGGGGAUUCACAUUCCUAUUUACAGUGUGAUUGCACAACUGUGAAGUAUAUGUUACAUAGUCUUUGUAUAUUUAUAAAAUAUUGUGAUGUACAGCUAUUGAUACAAAAUCCACUUGUAUCUAAAUCUGAUGGGUGAUUUCUGAUUCAAUUAAAAUAUUUAUUUUUCUACUUCCUCUUUCCCCUCAGACUCUUCCUACCCCUGGAAUUCAUGGUUUCUUUUUCUUUAAUUAUUAUUGCUACAUGUAUAUGCAAAUAAAUAUGUAAAUGCAA